UUAGUUGCGUUAUAAGCAAUGGUGGUUGCUUCUAACCUUAAUAAAAGCAUUUUUAAUAUUACUCGAAAAUAAAAAGACGGAUACAUGAAGAAGCCAUAAGAAAGAACAAGAAUGGAACAACAUAGGAGAGAUAUAAUAUACGACUUGAAAUUCAAUAUUGGACGUUUAGUUUUAAGAACACUAAAAGCUACACCGAAUUUUGUUGGUCAGGUGGAAUAUGGAACGGGAAGGCAAAGUACAUUUCAGGAGAUGAGAGAGAAAAGUGUGAUGUGUGCAUUAUGGCUAAAGAAACAAGGUAUUAAACCUGAUGACAUAGUAGUGAUAUGCACGAAUAACCAUUUUGAUGCCUAUAUACCGUAUCUAGCGUGUUUGUAUAUAUGUGCAAUUGCAAAUCCGUGGGAUGUUUAUCUCACAAAAACAGAAGGAAACUUAAGGUAUUUUUUGAAUCUAUGCAAACCAAAGGUAAUGUUCGUCGACAGUAAAAUUGCUGCAACUGUUUAUAAGACUGCUACGGAAUUUAAUUACUCUACAAAAAUUGUAGUUUUUGAUGAAAUUGAAAAAUUCGAAUCUCUCCAAUCAAUUCUGAAUAAUAAUUCUCAUAAAGCCGAAAUUAAUAAUUUCCACGCUUCUCGGGAUUUAAAACAGAAUCACACGGUGAUGAUAUUGUUCACUUCCGGUACGACGGGUUUGCCCAAAGCUGUGAACAUUUCUGAUACAAUUUUUACAGAUUGGGCAAACGGCCAGUCUAUCUUAUCUCGUAAUAGCAUCGGUCUCUGGUUCGUAUCCUUGGGUUGCAUUAUCGGCGCUGUUAUGACUGUUCGUAGUGUGCUCUCUCGUGUUAAAGUAAUAAAACCAACGCAAUGUUUCUAUUCAGAAGAUAUGUGUGACAUGAUACAAAAACACAGAGUAUCUUGGGUAAUUCUUGAAACUAAUGUGUUGUAUCAUUUAUUACCUUGUUUCAAUUAUGAUCUCUCGAAGCGAUACGAUAUAUCGUCCUUAAAAUGCAUCAUAUUUGGUGGUUUUAGACUUUCUGGUAGUAUUCACAAGAGAUUUUGUAAUGCAUUGCAAGGCGUUUCUAUCAUUCAAAUAUACUACACGACUGAAACUGGUAUUGUCACGCAGCAGGGGAGACGUGAAAAAUAUGGCUGUAGUGGUCAGCCAGCUAUAGAUGUUAAUUUAAGGAUCAUCAGUAUACACGGCAAUAUGUGCAGUCCAAUGGAGAUCGGUAACAUCUAUUGCUAUACUCUGAGAUUAUUUAACAGCUAUUACAAAAAUAGCACAGCUACACUUACUGUAGACAUGCAGGGAUGGUUCUGUACUGGAGAUGUCGGUUUUUUCGAUAAUGAUGGUGAUAUCUUUGUUCUUGAUCGCAAAGUAAAUGUUUAUAAUGGCAUACAUCAUUGGAUUAUACCAAACCAUAUUGAAAACGUGUUAGUGCAGCAUCCGCGUGUAUCCAGUGUUCAUAUAAUACCAAUGUUAUAUCUAAAUGAAAACCAUCUAAUGAUAUUUGUUGAAAAACUCGAUCCGGAGGCACAGGUUGACACAAAAGAUUUGACAGAAUUAGUACGAUUUUAUUGUUGUAAAGAACUAAUGUACUCUUUAAAAUAUAAGCUUCACUUUUAUAUUGUAGAUGAUAUACCACGUGAUUCCUCUGGCAAAAUGGAUCUAUUGAUGUUACUUCAAUUAAAAAAAGACUGUUUACUUAUAUGAACGAUGUAAGUAAAGACAGAUAUCGAUCGAUCUAUAUUGACAUAUGUGAUGUAUAUUAAUGUGUGCAACUAUAUAUUUUUUUUCUUUGCGGUCAUAUAAAAGCGGUCAUAUA